AACGUUUGCUUCCAGACUUCACUACAGAAAUGGUAAAUAGUAUUUAGUAAAUAAAAUAUAUAUAAAAAUUGCAUAAAACAAUAAUGAUAAAAAUAAGGGCAGCAGGGACAAUGUUGGAUGGAUCUAAACUACUGAGACACAAGUAUAAAUACAGGAUGUGAAGAUAACAAGAACGUAUUGUUGUUGUGCAAAGAUAAUAAAUGUUUCAAUAAUCAAAAUAAGUUAAGUGUUAGAUGAAGUACCGGCAGUAAAACUUACUAGUUCUCUCAGCAGUGAAAUUUGUGUAAAAAGCAUCUGUUGCAUCGAUUGUUGGGACUGAAGUUGAACAUUAUUAGACAGUAAAGCAGCAGGAACAGAAGCUGCCGAGCUGCUGGUGAAGAUCCUGAACUCCCUGCAGCUUCGUGUUGUUCAGGCUGAGAUCUGAGUCACAAGUGAGGGAUAGAAUCAGCUUUGAGCGGCGGUGCGAACAGAACGACGUGUGAUUCACCUCCGUGUCGCGCUCGAGGUGGACGCCACGUCUCCGUCACGAGAGGAAAGAGACGCACAACAGAGCGCUUGUUGUGGAGGAGUGAAGUCACUUUAGAGAGUCGUCCUCCUUAUGUGGCGUCCAGUUACAGGCGCUGAAAGGGUCUCUGUGCCCCUGCAGUUCACUGGAUGCAUUCAUGGCGUCUGAAAUAAGCUCCGGUCAGGGUGGAGGGGCGAGGCUCGCCUUUCUUUAUACGUCUGUCUGUAAAUGUCCUCCACCCACUGAACACAGCAGAUUCCUAGAUAACGUUUCCAACUGGGCUGCAGGGAGAGGAGACGACCAUCAGGCUGCUGAACUACAGAUUAUUAGACUUGGAUCCGUCACCAGCUGUGAGGACGUGGACGGUGUUUCUUUAAAACAAAGUCAUCUGAUAAGACGUGCAUUUAAAGGAGCACUACGUAGUUUUAGAGAAGAAAUUCAGGCUAUUAAUGAGGUAAAAGUACAAACUCAGAAAUAUGUCGUUUCUCCAGAAGUGAAGAAACAAGCUGUUCUUCCAGAACACUGUUUGAAGCUAGAAAGGUGGCAGGGUCCGCCACAUAUGAACAAAAUGGAACAGUAUGAGAGCAGGAGCUGGAAAUCACAUCAUAACCCUGUUCCAGUGUCAGGACCAGCUGUAGCCGGUAGCCUUUAUUAGCUAACCAGCUGUCAACAACCUGUUAGGCCUCAUCAGUCAGAGGUGCUGAUGAACAGUUGAUGUGUGGGGACAUCUUGAGCUCCGGGUCGGUGAGGUGCGUCCCGGCCCGCAGGAAGAACGCCCGGCUGUGAGACCAGCGCGUGAUUACAUCAUCACGUGAUGCACUGCGGCCCAGAAACACUUGUUCUGACUUUCACUGUCAGAACUGAAGCCAUUCGCUCCAGUAAAGUUAAGAAUGUUCUAGAAGAGCUGCAGGAUUAAAUUGUUUGAUCCCUGUUCAGGUUAGCCGGGUGCUAAACCGGAGAUUAGCCGGCUGGAUGGUGCAGGUUGAGGUUUUCAGCUUCAGAACUGGCCACUGUGGAAGCUCCGCCUCCAGCACGGCGUCCAGAUGGUACACAGUGUCCACCGGUGAAGCGAGUACCUGCACUGAUGGAGGCUCUCUGAGGGUGACAGUGGGAACGUCCUCACCCAGAAGGCUGCACAGAUGUUUUCACUCGGUCAGGAAAACAUCUCCACCUCCCCUGCUUCCACCAAAGGACCAGUCAAAUAUGGAGAGCUCAUUGUUUUGGGGUGCAACGGCUCGCUGCCCAACGGUGACAAGGGGAGGCGGAAGAGUCGCUUCGCUCUGUGUCGCAGAAACAAGGCCAACGGUGUGAAACCCAGCACGGUGCACUCCUCCUGCACACCUCAGGCUGCCAAGGCGAUAAGCAACAAGGAGCAGCACAGUAUUUCAUACACUCUGUCUCGGGCCCAGACGGUGGUGGUGGAGUACACACACGACAGCAACACGGACAUGUUCCAGAUCGGUCGUUCGACAGAGAAUCCCAUCGACUUCGUGGUGACGGACACGGUGCCCGGCGGUCAGAGUCAGGUUGAUGGUCAGACGGUCCAGAGCACCAUCUCCCGCUUCGCCUGCCGCAUCAUCUGCCAAAGAAACCCUCCGUACUCCGCCCGGAUCUACGCCGCUGGCUUCGACUCCUCCAAGAACAUCUUCCUGGGGGAGAAGGCCGCCAAGUGGAGGAUGCAGGACGGUCAGAUGGACGGACUGACCACCAACGGAGUUCUGGUGAUGCACCCGCGCCAGGGCUUCAACCAGGACUCCAAACCUGGACUUUGGAGGGAAAUCUCCGUCUGCGGCAGCGUCUUCACGCUGCGGGAAACCAGAUCAUCUCAGCAGAGAGGCAAGAUGGUGGACUCUGAGUGUAACGAGCUGAUGGACGGCUCGCUCAUCGACCUGUGCGGCGCCACCCUGCUGUGGCGGACGGCUGAGGGUCUGUCGCACACCCCCACCGUCAAACACCUGGAGGCCCUGCGGCAGGAGCUGAACGCCGGGCGGCCGCAGUGUCCGGUCGGCUUCAACACGCUGGCCUUCCCCAGCCUUCGCCGCAAAGACGUCCCGGACGAGAAGCAGCCCUGGGCCUACCUGCGCUGCGGCCACGUGCACGGCUACCACGGCUGGGGGGGCCGUCGUAACCCCGAGGUGGACGCGGAGUGUCAGGAGAGAGAGUGCCCCAUGUGCCGGGCGCGGGGCCCCUACGUGCCGCUGUGGCUGGGCUGCGAGUCCGGCUUCUACGUGGACGCGGAGCCCCCCACCCACGCCUUCGUCCCCUGCGGUCACGUCUGCUCGGAGAAGACGACGGCGUUCUGGAGUCAGAUCCCGCUGCCGCACGGCACGCACACCUUCCACUCCGCCUGCCCGUUCUGCAUCCAGCCGCUGAGCGCAGAGUCCAGCUGCAUCAGACUCAUCUUCCAAAGCCCGCUGGACUAGAAGCUUCACCAACAGAACAAUGUGCUUCCAGUGUUGGGAUUUUCAUAACUUAAUUUUUUUAUAACUUAAUUUAACUUAAUUCUGAUCUUGGAUACAUUCAUUGGGUUUGAUUCCUGAACAUCAGAGAUGAGUCGGCGCUGGUUCUUCCUGGACGCAGCUGCACGACGGUUGAUUUGCCUUAAACUUGUAUUUAUUUCUGAACCUCCUCAGUCACGUGUUUUGUAAAUCAGUGCAGAAUUUCCAGCUGUAAUGUUUCCUGACAGCUGAUCAAUGUGUCACUCAGCCUUAAAGAGCCAUUAACACUAAGACCUGAUGUCAGUGUGGUUUCAGUCUCUGGUUUUUAUUGUAGAGGCUUUUCUUUUUCUUUGGGAAACACAAAGUGACCUUCCUCUGUGAUGCUGUUUCCUCUUUGAACACUGAAUAACUGUAUUUUAUGAUUUUAAUACAAGCUUUGUAUCGUAACAUAAGAAAAAUAUAUUUCUUGGGAAACUUUU